AUGAAAUCACUCGACGGCCUUCCGCCGGAGAUUCUCCACGAUAUACUAAAGUAUGUAAGCAAGCACGACCUCUGCAACCUGCGCCUGGCAAACCGUACACACGCAACCUUCGGUCUCCCCCACAUCCUCAAGCUCAUCGCAUCAGAGCUCCGAGAGUCUCCAAAGAAGCCAUUCGAACCACCAUCCUACCUUCAUCGGCUGGUAAAAUGCUGUUUUCACGAGAUACUUGAGACCCUCCUCAAGCUCAGCGCACCUCCCGACGAGUUCAACGCGCAGGGCGAAACGGCACUGCACGCUGCGGCCCGCCGUGGCUGCGGGAGGGAUUGCAUCCGGAUCCUGUUGGCUGAGUCCGCCAACCCGGACGUGGAAAGUCGUCUGGGGUGGACGCCGCUCAUGAUCGCAGCUAGGUACGGCCAUGUUGAGGCCAUCGCGGAGCUAAUACGCGGCGGUGCGCGGCUGGAUCGGAGGGGUUUUCAUGGAUGGACGGCUCUGCACGUCGCUGGCCAGAACGACCAGGAUGAUGCUUCUGAAUUGCUGGUCAGGGCGGGCGCGAGUCUGGGAAUUGCUGAUAAUGAUGGGUUGAAGGCGAAUGAUACUCCUGUGGGAAGGGUAAGCAGUCAUCUCCCGUGCCAAUACCUGAGAAGGCAACAGAGGCCGCUCGUUUCCUCCGGUAUCCUAGAAACAUGA